GGAGGAGGAGGAUGCCAUGCUCCAUGGCUGUUGCAAGGAAAGGUGCCUCGCUUGGAUGUCACCUGGAGAUGUCCCAGCGCGGAGGUCCCCAGUGCCCGUUGGCUCUGUUGGUGCUGCUGUGUCCGGUGCUGCUGACCACGGCUGGUGGCCGAGGACCCCUGGAGUGCCAGGAACAAACUGUGUCUGCUGGCGGAGCGCUGCAGCUACGGCCGGAGAAACCCCCACGGGAAUGGAUAAAGGUCGAUUGGAGAGUGAAGUUGACUUCAGGAGAGUCGCAUCGGAUCCUGACAGCUGAGGAGAAUAAAGAUGCUGCAUCCACCAAUGGUUCUUUUAAUGGGAGAGCUGUUUUCCACCAGGAGACCCUCUCCCUGCAGAUCAGCCCCGUUAGCAGGGCAGACAGUGGGGUCUAUAAAGCAGAGUUUGAGGACACAUCGGGCCGUGUUACUGCCCUGUGCUUCCGUGUGUCGGUGUGGGAUCCUGUCCCCCUACCACAGCUGGAGGCACAGAUCCUGCACAGGGAGCAGAGCUGGUGCAACCUCUCCCUGGUCUGCACGGUGCCGGGAGCGGGCAACGUCUCCUACAGCUGGUCCUGCAGCGAGGGUACCCUGGGAGACCUGGAGCCCCAACCCCGGCUGCACUUGCAAGUCCAUGGAGAUGCCCACCCCACUGUCUGCUGCUGCAACGUGAGCAACCUGGUGAGCUGGAGCGUGGCUCGAACUGACAUCGCUGCAGCGUGUCGCGCUGCAGCUCCAGGGCUUUUUAAGACCACUCUCUGGUGGGCCAUGGGGUUGGCAUUGGCCAUCUCUGUAGCCUUCGUUGUCACCUGCUACUGGUGGAGGAAGCGAAGAAAGGACCUCCAGAGAGCUCCUCCUGAACCCGUUGAGCAGAUGAUGACGGUCUAUGAGGAGGUGGGCAAAGCCCAAACCAACCAAACCACUAAUGAGAACAGUGAGGACACUGCAAGAGGAAACACCAUCUACACUGUCGUCUGCCCCAAAACACUGCAGGGACGCAGCCACCCUCAGGAGCCCCAAAGCACCACCAUCUACUCCACGAUUCAGCCCAUGAGGAAGGUUCCUUCUCUCAAGAGGAAGAGGUUGGACCCAGCUUUGGUUUCUACUGCCUACACAGAGGUUACGGGAGGUUCUAGACAUUGGCGUCCUCCUUCACAGACCUUGGCCCCAUCACUUGCCAGCCACCACCUCUCUUAGAGCCCCGUCUGCUUCAGCAAGACCUUCCCUUCUCUCAUGGUUUAACCCCAACCCAAUCCGGAAGCUGAUACUGAGCAGUUGGGUUCCCAGUUCCCUCACACUUCCAGGGAAAGGGGAAAUGAAAAUGAGAAGAAAAAGAUUUGUGGGUUGGAAGCUAGAAUUAAAACAGCUUUAAUAAUAAUAAUAAUAAUAAUAAUA